AUGCCAUUUCAAUUGUAACUAACUAAAUCAUGAGCAAGAAUUUUGGGAAGCAGAAAUUACAAUUUCACCUGGGAGAUAAACUUCAUACAGUAUCUCCCAGAGAUAUAUCUCCCGAAACAACACUUAACCAAUAUUUAAGAGAGCAUGCUUUUCUCACUGGAACUAAACGAAUGUGUCUUGAAGGAGGAUGUGGUGCAUGCAUUGUAACUGCUGAAUUUACUGAUCAGAUAACCAAUCAGCUUAAAGUUAUAGCUGUUAAUUCGUGCCUGGUCUCAUUGUAUUCACUCCACGACUGGAAAAUUUAUACCAUAGAAGGUAUCGGUAACAAAAAAGUGGGUUUUCAUGCAAUACAGAAAGCGCUAGCCGAGGGAAAUGGUACGCAAUGCGGCUAUUGCUCGCCAGGUAUGGUGAUGAACAUGUAUUCCUUGGUACAAGCUGGAGGAAAGUUGACGGAAGAACGAAUUGAGGAUUCCUUUGCAGGCAAUAUAUGUAGAUGUACUGGUUAUAGACCUAUAUUGGAAAGCUUUAAGAAAUUUGCUACCACCGACAUAGAAGAUCUAACACCAUGUAAACUCAAUAGAGUUACAAACAAAAAAUCCCUACACUUUUCAAACGAAACCUCCAAGUGGAUAAAAGUGUACAACCUGGAAGACCUCAUAGAAAAAUUGAGCGGUACAACUGAAACGUACAUGCUCGUUGCUGGGAAUACCGCCAAAGGAGUGUACAAAGAAACUCCCAAAGUGUUUACCUACAUAGAUAUAUUAAGCGUUAAAGAAUUAAUAACCUGGAAACAUGCUGAUAAUGAAUUGGUACUAGGGGCCAACGUAUCUCUGAGCGAUACCAAAAAGAUUUUCGAGGAGUUAUCAAAAGAAAACAUCAAAUUUAGGUAUUUGCAGAAGAUUGCCGACCAUUUGAACAAGGUGGCAAAUCUACCAGUCCGAAAUAUUGGCACCUUGGCGGGAAAUCUCAUGAUUAAAUACCACAAAAAUGAGUUUCCAUCGGAUGUCUUUUUGAUUUUGGAGACUGUUGCAGCGACUUUGGUGAUAGUUGACACAAUGGGAAAUGAAGAAAGGGUAUCCCCAAAAAAGUUUUUGGACCUUGAUAUGAACAAAAAAAUCAUAAAAAACAUUGUUUUAGUUGGAUAUGACGAAAUUUAUAAAUACGAAAGUUACAAGAUCAUGAAAAGGGCCCAAAACACCCAUGCGAAUGUAAAUGCUGGUUUCCAUUUUGGAAUGAACAAAAACAUUGUAAAAUCCUGUACAAUGGUUUAUGGAUCAAUAAAUCCUCAUUUUGUGCAUGCCACAAACACAGAAAAUUACCUUAAAAAUAAAAACUUAUUUGACAAUAAAGUGUUGCAAGAAUCUUUCAAAAUCCUUAGUGAAGAGUUAAAAGCCGUGGAUGAGCCUCCAGAACCAUCUCCAGAGUACAGACGAGAUUUGGCAGUGGCUUUAUUUUAUAAGUUCGUUCUAAGUUUGGCUCCAGAGUAUUUGUUAUCAUCGAAAACAAAGUCGGGCGGAAGUUUGUUGGAACGACCUUUAUCGAAAGGAAGUCAAGAAUAUAGCACCAAAAAGAAUAUGUAUCCCGUUUCUCAACCCAUUAUUAAAUUGGAUGCCCUAGAUCAAACAUCAGGUAGGGCCCAGUACAUAGAAGACAUGCCAGAUCUUCCCGAUCAACUUUUUGCACAAUUCGUUGUAGCGAAAUCUCCUGCGGGAUCACUCAUACAAAAUAUAGAUCCCACGGAAGCCUUGAAGCACCCAGGUGUGGUGCACUUCUUCGGCAAAGAAGACAUCCCAGGAAAAAACAAUUGGACUCCACUGACAGCGUCCUUGAUAUUUCUGACUCCAGAAGAAUUGUUCUGCAGCGAAAAAGUUUUGUACUACGACCAACCCGUCGGUUUAAUCGUGGCUCAAAGUCAAAGCAUCGCAGAUAAAGCUGCCGAUUCGGUUCAAGUGAAAUGUAAACUACCCGGAACUAAGCCGCUUUUGAAAAUCCGCGACGUAUUAAACGCUCCAGAGGAUGUUAAAAAGCAACGCGUCACUCAUAUAACGGAUUUAGUUCCCAUCAAAAAAGGUCAUGAUGUCAAAAAAGUUGUAAAAGGCGAGUAUUAUGAAGACCUACAAUACCAUUUCACCAUGGAAACGCAGGUUUGUAACGUAAUUCCAAAUGAAGAUGGGUUGGACGUAUAUGCUGCUACCCAGUGGAUGGAUGUUUGUCAAAUGGGCAUUGCAAAUGUAUUGGGAAUACAGCAGGCACAAAUAAAUAUUUAUGUGAAACGUUUGGGUGGGGCAUACGGUGCGAAAAUUCUGCGCAGCACUUUCCCGGCGGCUGCAGCUUCUCUAGCAGCUUACCUGCUCCAGAAACCGGUGAAAAUUCGCAUGUCAAUUGAGAAAACAAUGGAGAUUUUGGGGAAGAGGCCGUCGUGCCUUGUCACCUACGAAGUGGGGGUUAACAGUAAAGGAGCCAUACAAUACUUGGAUGCCGAUCUGUAUUCAGGUUAUGGGCCCAGUUCGAAUGAGUAUAUUAUUUUUUAUUUUUUGGAUGCCUUUAGAAGUGGAUACGACCACGACACUUGGCACUAUUCUUUUAACAUUGUCAAUACCGAUGUCCCCGCAAAUUGUUUUUGCAGAGCCCCUGGUUCUCAGGAAGGCAUAGCUUCCAUCGAAACAAUAAUGGAUCAUAUAGCGUAUACUUUAAGUUUAGAUCCGCUGGAAGUUAGAAUGGUCAAUGUGAACAAAUUGUCUCACUCUAAACUGUUUAAUUACAUUUCCGAUUUGAAGUCUUGGGUGGAUAUCGAUAAAAUCAAAAAAUCCAAUGCCGAAUUUAAUAAUGCAAAUAGGUGGAAAAAACGCGGCAUCUCCGUCAUACCGAUGGUAUGGUCGUUAACCAUCAUUGGUCAACUACCUGCCCACGUUGCCAUAUUUCACGGAGACGGCAGUGUUGCCGUUAGUCAUGGCGGAGUGGAGAUGGGCCAAGGAAUAAAUACAAAGGUGGCGCAGGUAUGCGCCUACAAGCUCGAGAUACCCAUUGAAAAAGUGUUCGUCAAACCCAACAACACAAAUAUAAGCGCGAAUGCGUAUUGCACAGCAGCUAGUCUUACCACAGAAGCUAUUUGCUAUGCCACUAUGAAAGCCUGCGAUAUUCUUCUAGACAGAAUUAAACCUUUCAGGAAUAAAUUAAUACAUACGCCUUGGCAGCUUCUUGUAGCUGCAGCUUUUAAUGCCAACAUACAACUCAAUGCGACUGCGCAUUCUUUUCCUCAUUUCCCUGACAUAAUCAACUACCCCAUCUAUGGAGCGGGGGCUAUACAAGUGGAGGUGGAUAUUUUAACAGGACAGCAUGAAAUCACGCAAGUUGAUAUAAUAGAGGAUGUGGGGGACACCAUGAACCCCCUCAUAGACGUUGGCCAAUUAGAGGGUGCCUUCGUAAUGGGGGUGGGGUAUCACACCACCGAAGAAAUUAUUUACAACGAAAAAGGGCAACUUUUAACCAACAGGACUUGGAAUUAUACACCUCCAAGUGCGAAGGAUAUUCCACAGAAUUUCAACAUUAAAUUUCCUGGCAACAAUCCCAAUCCUGUAGGGGUUUUACAUUCGAAAGCUAUUGGUGAGCCCCCUUUAUGUAUGGCAAUAGGCGUACCUCUAGCAAUUAGAAAUGCUCUAGCUUCUGCAAGAAAAGAUGCAGAUAUAACUAACCCUGAAUGGUAUCCGAUCAAUGGAUGUUCUACCAUUGAAAGUACAUUUGUCAAUUCUUUAAAUAACUACGAUAAAUACAUGCUUUAAAUAACUGUAAGACUUACCCCGUCAAAUAACAAUUCAAAAUCACUAAAUAAAACCACUUAAACACGAUUUUUUUAACAGUAACUUUUUAAAUAUUUGAAACACUGACGCCAUGUUUAAAACAAAAGGCGCUCAAGACUUGCGCAGAAGGGCUGCCUACUAGAUAUUAAAACGUUGGAUUUUACAGUGUGUGGAUUUUUAUUAAUUUAAACUCUAAAUCAAUGUAAAAAGCAUUUUUAAUUAAAACUUAUAGUCUCACAAAUGUUUUCAAUUUUGUCAAGUCUAUACAACCCCUUUUUAAGUCAAAAUCCAGGGAACCACAAAUAAGAUUUAAAAAUCACUGAUUUUACACAAAUAUCCAACUUAAAACAGUUAAAAACCCCAAAAAAAGAAUUUUUUAAAACAUGGAUAUGGACCCAUUUAAAAACAAUUGUGCGCACAGCCGAUUUGUGAUGUUGAAUUCUUGUCAAUUUUAUUAUUAAUUUUUAGGAUUUUAGAUAAAUUAUUCUAAAAAUAGAUACCUAACCUAAAAUUUAUUCAAAAUAUUUUAUCAUAAAACUAAAUCAGUGUUUAAAAAAACAACAAUCAAAAUAUUUUACCAUUAAACCAAGUCUGUUUAAAAAAAACAAUACCUACUUUUCAAAAAUAUAUUAAACCACUUAUGUUAUAAUAGUUUUUAAGGUACCUAUUAAAAAAAUAUUAAAACCUUUCACAUUUCACAAAUACUUAAAAUUAUCCACAUUAUUCACAAAAUACUUAAAAUUAUCCAUGCAAACAUAAAAAAAUAGACUAUUUUUUGGAACUUCCUUCUUCAGCAAGAUCUGAAAAAAAUACUCUGGAUAAGUAAGUUAUUUGCAUAAAAUCAUCAGUGUACAUACUUUUACCAUCACAUGCUACAAUUUUGACUUUGUCGAUUUUGGUAAUUUCUUGGACCUCCCUAAAUUCCACAUCGUUCAACAUGAAAGUCCACACAUUGUCACAAAACCUGUACGUAUUCAAUUUGCCAGCUUUAAAAGUUAACCGAGACUUAACUCUUGUGGCCAGAGUCGUGUUUAUGGAUUUAUCGAACUGCAGUAAAACUUUACAGGCCAAUUGAGGGGUUAUUUGACCGUACUGCAAAAAAUAAAAAUGUAUAAUUAUUUAUGAAACGUUUUAUUAAUAACUUACUUGAAUUAACUCAUCCAAACUCUCUUGUAGAGUAUGCCCGAGUGUGGUAUUUCGGUAUAGUUGAUAAGACAUUGUUUCAUAUAUGAGAAAACAAUAAUUUUGAGACAAAUCGGUUAUAAAACUUCAACAAAACCGAUCUG